AUGAGGCUCGACACGCUGCCGUCGACGAUUAUCCUCUACGUCCUUCUGCUCACCUCCCCGACCGGGGCCUCCGUCGACGUCGACUUCUCGGCAUAUCCCGCCUCGGCACAGUCAUGUCUUACACAGGCGGUCGACACCUCGGGCUGCUCCUCCGAGAGCACCGUGUCCGAGAUGAACGACUGCCUCUGUGGCAAUAACGGGGACUUCGUUCUCGAUUCGGCGAGGUGCUUAGGGACGCGCGCACAGAGCGACGAGGACGACGACGACCAAGGGAGCACAGAUGACGAAGAUGAGGAGUUGUCGUUGAGCGCCAAGAUAGGAGUGAUUACGUCCAGCAUCGCAGGCGCCAUGACACUUGCAUGUAUCGCAUGUAUGAUCAUUUUCUUCACCAAGCGAAAGAAGGACAAGCAACUCCUCGCCGAAGCACGAGCAGCCGCAGCGCGAGCCCAGGACAAGGACAAGGACCAGAACCGGAGCCUUCUCAGCCCAGGCGCCGUGACGCCAGGGCUGCCCAGCCCAGCAGGACAGGGUAGAGUGACGGGGUAUGAGGCGCAGGUGUUUGGAGCAAGUGUGGUGCCGCCCACGCCUGCAUACCCGGGCCCAGCAGAGGCUCAGGCGUGGAGAGGGGGCGGGCACGGAAUGGCAGACUCGCCGAGCGAGCUCACCGGCGACAGUGCCGUAUUUCAGCUGUACGACGGCCACCCACAACGAAACUCGUCGGCAUGGCCAUCGCCACUCACACUUCCCGGCAGGGGCUUCUCCCAGGGCCUUUCGAGGGCCACGACACUCCGCAGCGAAUCGUCAUGGGCCCCGUCGCCAGCAUCCGCCUUCGCCUCAUCAAACGCGUUUGGGAUGUACAACCACGGCCCGUCUGGCACAUCGGGGUCCGGCCCAGGCUCAGCAAUAUCGUCGCCAAUAGCGAGGCAAGCGACGAACACUUCACGGUCCAGCUGGACACACAACAGGCCGCACCAGGAGGAGCUGUACGAGCUGCCGGGGAUGGAGGCCCGGAGUCCCGUGGAGGCGGACUCGAAUCCAAUAAUGUCAUUACCAGAGAGCACAAGCGAUCCUAACAGGAUAUCGACGCCGCCUGAGUAUUCGUCAGGCGGGUGGGUAGAUCCGAACACGGACAAGCCACCCCUUUAA